AUGGCAGCAAGAACUUACAACAUUGCUACGCUAUGCCUUCCAAGGGACAUGUGCAAGGCAGAGAAGAAUGAGAUGGCUACCAAAUUGGGGUUUUAUCGUUCGAGGCGUGUAGCAAUGAUCACAAGCAAAAACGGAAAGUUUUCGGUGAGAAGCAGCGCCGGAGGAACUCCUAGAAGUGUGGAGACAAUCAAUGGAAAGGUCAAUGGGGUUCAUGUGGGAGAGGGUACAUUGUUUGGAAACAAAAAUAGUACAGAGUUAAUUAAAGAUAGUGACAUUGAUGCACCUGCUCAUUCCUCUUUGCAUGGAAAUUUUGUUGAGGGCAGCCAUUGGUUGCAGGAAACAGCUCUAAAUCAUGUGACAAGCUCUGGCCUGGCUGGAAACGGGUUCGGUGCUACCCGUGAGAUGAGCAUCCGGAAGCUUAUUUGGGUUGUCACCCGCAUCUUCAUUCAAGUACAGAGAUAUAGCUCCUGGGGAGAUGUUGUUGAAAUAGAUACUUGGGUGGAUGCAGCAGGCAAAAAUGGAAUGCGCAGGGAUUGGAUCAUCCGAGACUACAAGACUCAAGAAAUCAUUACAAGAGCUACAAGCACUUGGGUGAUCAUGAACAGAGAAACAAGAAGGCUGUCCAAGAUUCCAGAACAAGUGAGACAGGAAGUGCUACCAUUCUACCUAAACAGAGUUGCAGUCGCCGCUGAGAAAAAUGACAGCGAAAAAAUCGACAAGCUCACCGACGGCACUGCAGGGAGGAUCCGAUCAGGCUUAGCACCCAGAUGGAGUGACAUGGAUGCCAACCAGCAUGUAAACAAUGUGAAAUACAUUGGAUGGAUUUUGGAGAGCGUGCCCAUCAAUGUGUUGGGAGAUUAUGAUCUCACGAGCAUGACAUUGGAGUAUAGACGUGAAUGCAGGCAAUCAAACUUGCUAGAGUCCAUGACAAGUGCAAGAGCAAGUUUGGCUGAAGACUCCAGUUGCAAGAACAACUCCAUCAACCGUAGGCCCGACCUAGAGUACACGCAUCUGCUUCGGAUGCAGGCUGAUAAGGCGGAGAUAGUACGAGCACGAACAGAGUGGCAUCUCAAGCGAAAACAUAAGUUGCACUGA